CAUGAAUGAACUCAUAAUGGGAGAUAGCCAGUAGCGGCGAGUGUGUCUGUAAUGCUUGUUGUAUAAACUAAAAUCUUGUGUUUAUAACUUUAAACGAUUUUAAAGUACUACAAUAUAAACAUUACUAGUAAUAGGCGAUAAUUUUGUUUGUUUGUAACCUUUUCUCAAAUAUGACAUCUUAGUAAGAACCAGGAUGACAGAAAAACCAGAAGUACGUUUUGAAGAAGCAGAGAGCCAAAAAGCUGUUAUUCUAAUAUCCAUAGCAGGCGUAGGCAUCAUUUUAAGCUAUAUUUUACAAUGCGUUCCAAUAUUGGCCGCUUUGGUUAUAAUGAAAUGUGUUUUCUUAAUGACUGGAGAUAGAUACCAAUGGGCGUACAUUUGGAAAAAGACCUUUUGGAGGGACAUGACAGGUCUGCGCGUUCUCCUAAUUACCAUGUUUACUAUAUGGAAAUGGGACUCGACGGGAACAACAGUCGUCAGCAGGUGGGAAACUGUGUGGAGGAAAGAACCUAAUAAGAAGGCAUUCGUGAUGGAAGAUAGAUCAUUAACAUUCCGUGAGGGAGAUGAAUUCAGUAACCGUAUAGCUCGAUAUUUUAAGCGACAAGGUUUUAAAACCGGUGAAGUUAUUGCUUUAUUCAUGGAAACUCAGCCCGAGUAUGUGUUCAUAUGGCUUGGACUGGCUAAGUUACGGGUCACCACUGCACUUGUGAGUACUAAUUUGCGGGGUGCCCAACUGAUACAUUGUUUGAGAAUAGCUGGAUGCAAGGCAGUGGUGUUUGGAGAUGAAAUGACAGACGUUAUAAAAUCUAUCCAAAAUGAGAUACCAGAUAUUCCACUGUUUCAAUUCAACUCUCCGGAGAGAGAAUCAGCAUCACUUGUACAAGACACAAUACCUUUGGCGACAGAACUUGAUGAAAUGUCCAGCGAAAGAUUCACUGAUGUAGAACCGGCUAGCACGAGGGAUACUUUGCUGUACAUCUAUACUAGUGGAACUACUGGAUUCCCUAAAGCAGCUAUUAUAACUAAUCUUAGGUACCUUCUAAUACCGCUUGGAGUACAUACUUCAGGUCAACUUAAGUCAUCAGACGUAUUAUAUGAUCCCUUACCACUACAUCAUACAGCUGGUGGAGUCUUGGGUGCCGGUCAGUGUCUUGUUCUUGGGCUUACUGUGGUGCUGAGGAAGAAAUUUUCCGCCACCAAUUACUUUAACGAUGUCGCGAAGCACGGAUGCACGGCAUCUCAAUACAUAGGUGAAAUUUGUCGAUACUUAUUGGCAGUGCCGCCUGGGCCAAAUGACAAGGCACAUAAAGUAAGGAUCAUGAUUGGCAAUGGCUUAAGGCCUCAGAUAUGGCAGGAGUUCGUAGAUCGAUUCAAUAUAAAAAGAGUAAUGGAAUUUUAUGGAGCUACAGAGGGCAAUAGCAAUUUAGUAAAUUUGGAUAACAAAGUGGGCGCCAUUGGCUUUCUAAGCCGGCUAGUCGCUUCAAUAUACCCUCUGUGUUUAGUGAAAUGCGAUGAAAUAAGCGGUGAAAUUUUAAGAGAUAAGAACGGAAGAUGCAUAAAUUGUGGUCCCUAUGAACCAGGACUUCUAUUAGGAAAGAUCGAUCCCAAAAAGGCCAUUUUGACAUUUGCUGGUUACGCGGACAAAACUGCCUCGGAGAAGAAAAUGGUGCGCAACGUGAGAGUCAACGGAGAUUGUUAUUUCAACACCGGAGACAUCCUGGUGAUGGAUCAUUAUGGAUACUUCUAUUUUAGGGAUAGAACAGGAGAUACUUUCCGAUGGCGUGGUGAAAAUGUAUCUACAGCCGAGGUUGAAGGAGUGAUCGGUAAUUUAGCCGGAUUGAAAGACACAACUGUGUACGGUGUGGCUAUUCCAAACACUGAAGGCAAAGCUGGAAUGGCAGCGAUUGCUGAUCCUGAAAGGAAGUUAGACCUUGAAGCUUUAGCGAAAGGCAUGAAAUCUGCUCUGGCGCCGUAUGCCAGACCUAUAUUUAUAAGACUCCUCCCUGAAACUCCGGUUACAGCCACGUUUAAGUUAAAGAAGAAAGAACUUGUGGAAGAAGGGUUUAACAUAAACGCUCUUAACGAUCCAAUAUUCUUUUUGGAUCCAAAAACGGGAACUUAUGUACCACUAACUCAAAAACUUUACGAAGAUCUGAUUCGAGGAAACAUUAAGUUAUAAAAAAAUAUUUAGUCUGUGAUUUAUAACAGGUGUAACCUAUAUUUAUUUUUUAAGGUAAUAAAUCUAUAAUAUUAGGUACGUAAUGAGAAUACCCACCACGUGCAUAUGGAAAUUUUCUUUGUUAUGAUUAACUUUUAGCUCAAAAUUAACUAGCUUACUAAAAGAUAGUAGGUACUUUUGUGAUAUGAAAUUGACUUUAUAUUUUAUAAUGAUUGCAUUCCCUGUAGGUACUAAGAGUUAGCAUUUUAUUUUUGUUUUCUUUGAACAUUUUUACGAUUAUUAUUUUUUUAGUGUUCUGCAUUAUGUAAAUUAAAUUGUCUCACUCAAAAAUCUUAAUCUACGAACACGUAAAGAUUCUGUUUUUAGUUUGGCCAUUGAGUAUUUAGUUUCCAUUGUCUUUCUUCUUUCAUUUGAUUUUAUUGAAGUAGGUAGGUAAUUAUUUUUAAUUUUGUCAAAGUUAGGCUAAACUAUUUUUUCCGUUUUAUUUUAUUAAAUAUUUUCAACUACU